UACCGAGGAAUGCUCGAGAAACGACGACGGGCCGAAACGAGCCCAGAGUGGACGUGGGACAGGACUUCGAUACCAGCCGAGAAAUCGCCCAAGGACGAGGUCGAGCACAGUCGCUCGAAAAAUGAAGUUUGUGUUAUUCUGCCUCGUUUUUUCGGCCGCCCUGGUUCAGGUAUGUGCUAGGGCCGCUCAACCGUGCAGCUGCUCGAAUAAGAGCAGGGGCUUGGCUCACAGUCACAAUGGUACGCGCCGUGGUUGUAGCCGGCACCUGGAACUCCUGCGGCUUCAAAUUGGCCGAGUGACAGCACCGGGGAAAAUGCACUUCAAGUACAAACUGCGGCUCACCAGGCCCUUGUAUCAGCCUCGCGUCGACUUCACCAUUUCCAAAGGAGUUAAGCUGCCGUGCUUCGGUGGCUAUGGAUCAUGCUCGUACAGCCUGUGUGGCUUCAACAAGUACCCCAUGGAGGAAAGAAUAUGCUCCGGCUGGGGCUGCGAGUGCCCCGUACAAAGUGGCAUCUACAACAGUGGCCUGAUGUCGGUCGACCUGCCGGAUCUGAGAGGCCUAGGACGCGGGGCCUACGGUCCCGUCGAAGUGGAGGUCAGAUUCCGCGAAAGGAAUAGAGUCAUCCAUUGUACGAAGUUCAAAAUCCUCGUCCAUCGUCCUCGAAAGAGGAGUACGAGCCUGCGAGAGAUCGAGUUCCAGUCCCGGGAUCUGACCGAUGUCGUUUUUAUCUGAAUUCGACUCUAAUCCGAUGUCCGAGAGAAUUGUUCUCCGAGAUCGGGGACUGUGGAUGAGUUCGAAGCAGUCGGAUAUCUUGUGUCGAAAUGUUAGCAGGACAACGAUCGAAACUGAUCUCGUGAAAUAGAAUUUUUGUGGAAAUUAUCGAGAAACUGAGGAUUGUGCACAAACGCUUUUGGUGGCGUUGGCAGUGAGUAUGUAUGUAGAAUGGAUAUGCAUAAACUAGAAAACAUCGGUACACCGAGAAUUGACGCGAAGAAGGAAAUAAAAUGGUCUCUCUGAAAACAG